UACUUCCUUCCUCCAGCCUGGGGCUUCCCCUGCAACUGCUGUGUAUAAAAAUCAACAAGCUGCCUCUCUAAUGGACCACAACACAGUGAGAUCUCCUCAGGUGCUCAUCUUCUUUAAUCUAUCCAUUAGUCCUUUGGGUUCGAUUCAGCCGAAGAGCUUGAACAGGAACGCAAGAUGUCGGCCUGCCGUUUGAUCCUCCUGUCCGUCGUGGUGGUGCUGCUGAGUGCAGUCACACUCACUGAAGGAAUGCGUUACAAAGCCACGACAAAUGUCUGCUGCUACUCCUUCAACCAACGUGCUCUGAAGGCCAACAUGGUGGCCAGCUACAGCCUGACCAGCCCGCAGUGCUCUAAACAGGCCAUAGUGUUCAAAACUAAGAGAGGAAAGGAUGUGUGUGCCAAACUCACUGACCCCUGGGUGAAGGACCUCAUCAAGUUUCUGGACAACAAAUUAGGAAGCCAGGGAGCCAUUUAAUCAUGUUGACCUUCAUUAUCAUCAUCAUUAUCAUCAUGAUCGAAUUCUCUGAUGGAUUUCGAGCAGAUUUGCACAAACUCUAAUGAUGUACAAAUCUCUGAAAUACCACUAAUAAUUCACCACAUUAAAGCUACCAUUGCAGAAUGAAUGUUCUCUUUAUGAAUGUUAUACUCAUUUUGUUUUCUAUUUUUAUUCUAUUCUAUUUUACCUGUAUUAAUGUGUGUAAUAUGUGGAAACUAAAAUUCUAAAAAUAAAUAAAGUGAAGAGAUGCAAACAUUC